AUGAAAAGCCGAUGGAUCAACUAUGGCAUAGGAUUUUCCUCAGUCGGCCCAUUCUUGCACAUGGUACGGAGCUUGAUAACCAGUCCUAGCCAUUUCGUUCUGUCAAUCAAGCCACUCCCCUCGAUUCUCUCCCACGUUGCCAAACAGCGCCUCCAAUAUGUCCGGGACUUCGAUUCAAACCAACAAGAUGAUGCAUUUACAAAGUUGGUCAAUAAAGCGAUUCACAACGGUCGGCACACUCCAAGCAGCGCGAACUAG